AUUUUCCAUUAAUCCCACUUUCCACCCCCAGGCCCUAAAACAUUCCUCAUAAUCCAUCAUAUAACAUCAUUCCUGAAAUCCAUAACCCUACAGAAAAUUCCCCCAAUUUUCUCGAGGACAGCCCAUCUACCCGUCUUGAUCUGUAAUCAUCUCCAGAAACCCUGUAGUUGAUUUCUUUUCAGAUGGGGCAACAACAAUCCAGAGAGGAAUUGUUGUACCAGCAAGUCAGUUAUGGUAACGUGGAGGGAAUCAAAGCUCUUCGCGCCCAGGGCGCAGGUCUCGAGUGGAUUGAUAGAGAAGGGAAGACUCCAUUGAUUUUGGCUAGCAUGAAUUCGGAGCUGUACAAUGUUGCUAAAGCUUUGAUUGAACUGGGUGCUAAUGUAAAUGCGUAUCGUCCCGGUCGAAAUGCUGGGACUCCAUUGCAUCAUGCAGCUAAACGAGGCCUUGAACAAACUGUUAAGUUACUUCUUUCACAUGGAGCAAACACAUUACUGAUGAAUGAUGAUUGCCAAACUCCACUUGAUGUUGCAAGAGCUAAAGGGUGCACCAAUGUUGUACGUGCAAUUGAGAGUCAUAUCUGCUUGUUCUCCGGUUGGCUGCGAGAACUUUACGGUCCUGGCUUUCUUGAAGUACUAGCUCCCCAACUGCUUUCAAGAAGAGUAUGGGUGGCUGUUUUACCAUGCGGAUCCCGUAAUCUUGCAAAGCCUUUCAAGUUGGAGCUUGCCAUAUAUUCUACUCUGCAGGAUUCCCAGCCUCGCACUCUUAUCGCAUUGUGGAAAGCCAAUAUGGAAGAACCAAAGUUUAACCAGCCUGAUCCUACUGUGAUAAUUUCUGAUAUUCCCAACAUCUCAAGACGCUGGAGGCGCAGACGAGGUAUUUUGACCUCCCGAGAGGCAAGGUGUAAGUCUCGAGGCGUUAGGCAGACACGCAUUAAAUUUGCACCUGCAAAUGAAACUGACAAACAACAACUGCAGCGUUUCUGCAAUGCAUGCAAAGGAAUUCCCCAGGUAACACAUUCAAAUUUCCCAUUCAACGCUCAGGCACCAGUUGUUCCACCAACCACUCCAUCAUCUGCAGAAGACGUAGAAUUAGCUAUGGCACUCAAUGCCUCAAUCCAAUCUGCAAUGGAAUCAAGACCACCUUAUGUUGAUGCUAACCCUAAGUCUGGAGCAAGCACAUCCUCCAGCAGUCAAAGUGGAAGUGGGUGGGCCACCUCACCAGCCCCUCCUCGAAAAGGAACUACCAGUGGGUCCGAAAUCCAAGAUGUCGGUCCAAGUAGCAAUCCAAUUCAACUCAUUCAGAAUCAAAAUGAAACUCCCUCUUCUUCACUCCCGUCUGCCCCACCUAUUGAGGAUGCAGUCAUAGAUGAUGGUCCAGUUCAAUAUCCAUCAGUUGAUUUUAGCCCUAUCGAGUUGUCUUCCCCCGUAGUGGAGAACUUAAUUCCUGCUAAGGCUGAUGAAGGGAAGGAAGAUGGGGGUGGUGCUUCUUCAUCGUGUGUGAUAUGCUUGGAUGCUCCUGUUGAGGGGGCUUGCAUUCCGUGCGGGCACAUGGCUGGAUGCAUGUCAUGUUUGAAUGAGAUCAAAGGCAAGAAGUGGGGUUGUCCUGUGUGUCGUACCAAGAUUGACCAGAUUGUACGGCUCUAUGCUGUUUAACCCACUGAAGCAGGAUAUUGUGAAGCAUGUAUGUGGUUGGUGGAAAUAUGCCAGGUUAAGGGUUGCUGAAUGUUUCUGAAGUUAUCGUCUGCAAGGCAUCUUCCCAUGUAUGUGUGCAAAAUACAGGAAACACUCAGUAGUUAAACUUGUAAACCUUUGUGUGGAUAUGGUGUUAUAGAAAUGUACCAAAGUACCAGCAAUAAUUGGUUUCUUCCUUUUAGUGUGAUGAUGUCAAUCAAGUAUAUAAUGUAACUUUUUUUGUAACUUCUUGUAUACCGUGAGUGGCCGUAUCCUCGAGGCCAAAGUUUACAUGUCAAUGUCGAUUUUUUUGUUUUGGGAUGGAAAGCUGUAUUGAAACAUACUCAUUGUGAUAUCAUUGUUCUGCUGUUCUGCA